GUACUGCCAUGCUGGGGUUAUAUAAAGUCGCAUGGAACACCUCGUUCAGGUCCUAGCUUAUGAGAACACGAUGGUGGUGACUAGACUAUUCGUUAUCAUAUUUCUGAUGCAAAUUGAUUCUUCACAUGGAGCUGGUGGUUAUAGCAAGGGAAAGGAAUUUAUGCUGACGUUUCUUUACAAUCACCAAGAUGUCCAAAGUAAAGAGGAACACAAUUUUAUAUUUGUGACGUCAGAACAAGACGGCUGGGUUGCCCUUGAGCAAUAUGUUCCAGGAGAAAGUCAUGCCCAUAUUCAAAACUACAGUCUGACGGCGGAUGUGGCUCAAACCAUUGUUUUGUCAGACCAUUCUGAGAUGUCCCCUGCGAGUGGCGUCGAAAAGAAGGGCAUCUUUGUUUUCUCCAACGUUGAUGUUGUCGUAUCAGCCAUCAACGAGGAUCUACAGGGCACGUCGGAAGACGCGUUUCUCGUCCUUCCUGUCAAGUCCCUGUCACGUGACUACCUCGUGCCCACCGUGUGGAGCAAUCCACUGAUGGGAGUCGUUGCCUUGCUGCCCAACACCCAUGUGGAGGUUCGCGUGAAGACGAACUGUGACAUCUCCUACAAGCUGGACGUUCUGUCCCACGGCUCCACCAUCAACGUCACCCUCGACCACGCCGACGUCUUCCAGCUGUACGCCGUGUACCAGACCGGCAGCAACUGCGACAUGGGGGGCACGGAGGUGAUCGCCGACAAACCCGUGGCCGUGUUUUCCGGGUCGUCCUGCGCAGAGCUUGGCAAAGGAUGCGACCAUCUCAUGCAGCAAGUCAUUCCGGUCGAGCUGUGGGGCAGACGAUUUAUCGUUCCGGACAUUUUCGAUGUGGACCCAUGGGAAGUGCGCAUCCUCAGCACGCAGAGUUCGUACGUUUCCGUGGUGGAGCACGAACGCGACGGCACGACGCACACUGUGAACAGGGAGAUAGAACGGGGUGUUCCCGUGGACUACCAGAUCCCGGACGGCACUCUGGUAGAGAUAUUCGCCAAUCACGACAUCAUGGUGACUCAGUACUCGACAGCCAGCGCGCCCUUCAUCAUACCAAUACCCUCCGUCGACCAGUACGCCUGGAACACCACCAUCACCACGAUGGACAACCCAACAUCUCACAACUUCAUCAGCUUUGUCAACGUGGUCGUGAAAACACAGUCGAUACAUACGUUUAUACUUGAUGGCGCCACCAUUAGUAACAGUUCUUGGCAAGCGGUCAGAGACCUUGGCUACUCCAUUGCAACUGUUCCUGUCACACAGGGAACACAUAAACUCUCCUGCGAACAUCCUUUCUUCGCCACAGUGUACGGCUACGACGGCACCGGAUCGUAUGGGUAUUUGGCGGGAUAUCACUUUAACAAGUUUCCUUCAGAGAAUCUCUCAGUACUUGAUACAGUGGUGCGACCGACCCAGGGCCCUGUGACGACUCAAGCCCCCUGUGAGGAUAGCCCUGGGGUGAACUGCCCCGUCCUGGCCGCCAGUCUGCGUAUCUGCAAGACGCCGAGCACGGCUAAACGGUACUGCAUCAAGUACUGCGGGCUAUGUCCGGUCAGCUGCACGGAGCCAGGGUGCGGAUUUGGAAAGUAGCACGGACAUGUAACGAUAUAUGGCAUACGAUGGAUUCAGAGACAAUUAUAAAACUAAUCAAACAAUGAUAAAACAUAAUAAAAUUACAAUCAAUUUUAAUUAAUUGACAA